UGGUGUACCUGUACCACAUUCGAUCUCUGUCCCGUUGGAAACAACUAUCUCUCUCUCUCUCUCUCUCUCUCUCUCUCUCUCACACACACACACACACACACACACACACACAAACGCACAGAACCUAUUCGGAGGGUGGCGAAGUUCGUAAGCCUCUGAAACACCCUGGAUUCGACCUUUCUAUCCUACACGGAUUUUAAUAUUUGAAUCCUCUAUUGCUAUGGUUUUGUCAACUAUACGUUUGAACUGUCUCUGUUUGGUUAUUCGUCUUAUGUUUGAGAGUAUGAUUGCCGAUCUUAUAGUAGGAAGCGGGAUUUGGCUAUGCUGAAUUCUGCUGCUUUGAUUGGGAUUGAGAUUGGCAUUCGAUUUAUUUUUUUCUGACUAAUCGUCAUUUGUCGGGGUGUUGCACAUGUCGCUCUAGUUGCUAAUUUGCUUUAAAUUUUCGACGAGUAAAAAAAUUGUGGUUUAAUUAGUAUUGAGUCAUGGAUCAUUGAAUGUUUUCUGAUAAGUUGCAUUUGCAUGUGCUUCUGGAGUUACAAACUUUACAGUAACUUUUGUUUUUUCAUUUUUGGUAUUUGAUAAAUGGCGGAAUCCUAGAUUGGUUUAGUUUUUACUUUGAUUUUCCGCGGCUAGACUAUUUUGAAACUGCCAAGCGGUUUGCAUUAGAAUGCUUCAGUUACGGCUUGGCUAAUUCGAAGGAAUUAAUCCGGAAGAUUGAUUCUAGUAAUGAGAAUUCUGUAUAACUAGCAGCGGACCUCUGCCGGCUGUUAACUUGAUUGGCCUGUGAAUCAAUGAUACAGGCUUGCCUAUUUGUGGAGUUGGAUUUGAGAUUUGCAACAGUGGCAUAUGCAGUCUAUUUUUGGCAGUUGCUUACGAGAUUGGUUUCUGCAUAGCGCCUGGGCUUUGAUUUGAGCAACCUUUCUAUCAUAAUGGGAACCUCACUUCGUGGUGGGGCUUUUAGGAAGUCGAAUAAUGUGCGGCUUAUUGUAACAACCAUCAUGGGGAUGGUGUUCGGAUAUUUUAUAGGUGUUUCAUUCCCUUCUGUUUCUUUGAGUAAGAUUGCUCUACCUUCAAGUCUGAUAUCAUCCUUUGAUAUGGGCUUUAAUGAUGAUCAUCGUGCCACUCGUAGCUUUCCUGAAAACCUUGGCUCGGGCAGUACACCUGUAACACCCAAGAUAUAUGUUCCCACAAACCCUCGUGGUACAGAGUCCUUACCACCAGGAAUUGUUGUUGCAGAAACAGAUUUUUAUUUGAGAAGAUUAUGGGGUGACCCUAGUGAGGAUCUGAAAAGAAAGCCCAAGUACCUGGUAACAUUUACAGUUGGUUUAAAUCAAAGGAACAAUAUUAAUCAAGCUGUGAAGAAGUUUUCGGAUGAUUUUCAAAUUUUGCUUUUCCAUUAUGACGGAAAGACAACGGAAUGGGAUCAAUUUGAGUGGUCACAGCGGGCCAUUCAUGUGAGUGCUAGAAAGCAAACUAAAUGGUGGUAUGCUAAGAGAUUUCUGCAUCCGGAUGUCAUAGCUGCGUAUGAGUACAUUUUCAUUUGGGAUGAAGACCUUGGAGUUGAACACUUCAAUGCUGACAAAUAUAUUGCUCUGGUAAAGAAACAUGGUUUGGAGAUUUCCCAACCUGGUCUUGAGCCAAACAAUGGAUUGACAUGGCAAAUGACUAAAAGGCUAGGCAACAAAGAAGUCCACAAGGAUACCCAGGAGAAACCAGGCUGGUGCAGUGAUCCACAUUUACCUCCGUGUGCAGCCUUUGUGGAAAUUAUGGCUCCAGUCUUUUCACGUGAAGCUUGGAGAUGCGUCUGGCAUAUGAUUCAGAAUGACCUGGUUCAUGGAUGGGGCUUGGAUUUUGCCUUAAGAAGAUGUGUGGAUCCUGCACAUGAAAAGAUUGGUGUUGUCGAUUCCCAUUGGAUUGUGCAUCAAGUGAUUCCAUCGCUUGGAAGUCAGGGCGAGUCGGACAAUGGUAAAGCUCCAUGGAAGGGGGUACGGGAUAGAUGCAAAAGCGAGUGGGCACUCUUUCAGGAUCGCCUUGCAAAUGCAGACAAGUCAUAUUUUUCACAAAUCCAGCACCAUCAAACUUGACUAUGACCUGCUCGCAUGUAAAUUGCUUUGUUUAUUUCUUCGUUAGUCCUCACAUUCCCUGAGAGUGGUUUUGGUGGCCGGAUUCUUUCAUGCGAGUUACGUCCUUCUACGGUGUAGGAUAUCCUGUAUAAUGAGUAGCAUUAAAACAUGAUUAGAUACUUAGAGAGAGAACUUCGAUCGUUUGUGCAGAAGUAGAAAUAGGCUGUAUUAGUUUGCUGUACACUAAUGGAUAUCACUACUUGUUUUCUUGUACUUAAAUGCAAUUAACAGAGCUUCUUGUUUUUGAUACUUCCA